AUGCCUCACGUGUGCGUGGUGAUGCGCCACCCGGCGGCGACCGAGAACGCUAUGUUCCAUCACCGCCUUCACAGCUCAGAAGGCGGUAAGAGCGGUGUGCGGCCGUCGUCGCGUGUCUCGUUGCUGGCCACCCUGUGCGGAUGCCUUGCGCUAACGGUGGCUCUCGUCGCGUCGGUGCCAGCGCGAAAGGGCGGACUUGUGGUGCUGCUCGUGUGGGCGUAUCGUAUGGUGCGCGAAACCAUGCGCGCCUGCUUGGCUCCGCAGUCGCGCUGUUUGCUGUGCCGCUCUCCUCAGCCGCGCCGCCACGCUCUUGCGCAAGGGAUUGUCUGUGUCGCUGUGCUGUGCGUCUCCCUCCUCGUCUGGCUAGCCCGGCCCGCCCGGGCCGCGUUCGUUUCGUCCUCGCUCAUCUCGUACUGCUCGGACUCGGGGGACGAGAGUAUCCGCUGCGAGAAGAAGAUGGUCGUGACGGUGACGGUGGAGGGAGAGCAGUUGCCAGGUGAGGAGUCCCUACUCUUUCUGAACUCCGCCACGGAUAUGACGAUCGAUGACGGCACAGUCGUACAGUUCUCACCGCUGCGCAUCACGACCAGCCGCAGCGCCGUGAGAUACCGCUACCCGCUUUUCUAUGUGCAGAACUAUAACGCAAAACCCUACGAGGCGACAGUGCGGGGCAAUCUGCUGAACCAGUGCAACGCCGACUUCAAUGCGGACAAGGCGACGUGCGGGCUGGCCUACGACGCCGCGGGAAAGCCGAUUCCGUACUCGCAGGGCUUCUGCUGUGACUGCAGCAUGUGCCAGACGCUUGGGCUGUGCAAACCCGACGCACGCGCGAACGCGGCGUGCAACAUCUUUGACAAGUACACGGCGGCCUCGUGCCUGCGCUUUGGUCAGCGGUGGUACAGCGGGUACACGAUUGGCGGCUACAUGACGUGGUACACAGUGAACUUGACCUUGUCUCGAAGCGUCUCUGUCAGCGGCGGUGCGGAUGCGGUCGAGAAGGUUGAGAUGCAUCUCUCUCCGUCAAACAACGGCGAGACGGCCGGUGAAGGGUGGGACGUGAUGGCUCGCAUUGUGGGCAACUACGCCCCCGUCGACCAACCCCUCGACCUUACGUCACGCAUGCUUUUCGCUCCGGCGAUCCCGCCGAACGACGUGCGAGUGCAGGCGGGGGCAGCGGAGUGGCUGCUGCUGCCGACGAACCUCGUCACUCUCGAUGGGCGCGAGUGUGACAAGGUCGGCGUGUCGUACGAGGCCUUCGCUUCUCAGGGCAACAAGUGCAAUUUGCGUCCCGGCAGCUGCCUCAGCUCCCAACUGGAGGACUACCGCACCGCCGAUCUGGAGCGCAUUGCCGCUGGAAACAAGGGUCAGUAUAUGGCCACCAGCUUCGGCGACUUCAACCUGGAGAACGACGCGGCAACGUCCCCGUACAUCUCCUACCUCGCCGCUUCCCCCGCGGCGACGAUGAUCAGCAUCACCGUCAGCGCUGACGACCUCGAGUACACCGUCGGGGUCGCCAGCGGCAAGAUCGUCUCCGCUGACCUGAACAAGCCCACGCUUGAGGCGGGCACAACCGACGGCGUCAUGACGGUGAUGGUGCGCAACACGGCAGCGGUGACGGGGCGUCUCGUCGUUGGUACGCUGAACUGCUCAGACGGCGUCUUCCCGAUGACGGCGCAGCAGCUUUCCCUUGCCGCACAGCAGCAAUCUGCGGUGACGUUUAAGGUCUACAUGCAAAACUCCUACGCCUCAGGGGACGCCAGCUGCACGGUGGUGGUGCGGAAUGCGCACGAGGUCAUCACCGACCUUCGAGUGGUUUCGUGGACGGUUUCCUCGACGAAUUUCCACAAUGGCACACAAGGCGGGUCGGGGAACGGCGGCAGCGGCGGCGGCUCAACCGAAGAGUCCUCGGCAGCGUCGUGCUCGAACUGCCGCGCAUUGGACAUUGCGUGUGCGGUGCGGCGGCGGUGCUGGCAGCUCAUUCUGUUGGACCUCUUUGUGUAUCUUGUGAUCAUCGCCGUGGUAUUGUGCUUGAUUUUCUUCUGGCGCGUCUUCUGCUGUUGCUUUUACCUCCUGGGCCGCCAACGCCUCCGCUGCCGCGGCGGCGAGGCGGAACCGAAGGAUAAGGCGAGCCGAUGGGGGAUUCACUGGAAGCGGCGCGACGAGAGUGACGGCACGAACUCGUCUCGCCCUACCGACCGCAAAAACAGCGGCAGCUCCGACGCGCCGCUACAGACUGCGGCGCCAGUUACCCCCGCACCACCGCCGGCACCGGCCAUGAUGUACGUUCCGACCCCGAUUUACUACGAGACAGCGCCGUUUGCGACGCGCAGCGGAGGCGUGGAGGCUGCAUCGCCUGCGGCGUCCUUUACGCCUCCUCUACAAGCUCUGCCGCCGCCACCAGCGGUAUCGCACCCGAUCGCGCUGAUGCCACCGCCGAGGUGGUGCCCGUACGGCAACGAGGAAGCCGUCGUUCCGGGGGAGGGCCCCUGUGCGGCGCAGGCCUUUCCGCCACACUCCUCCAUCGGCAGCUUCGCCUUUGCUGCGCCGCCGGCCUACCCAGCCCUUCGGUAUGGCGAGGAAUGGCGGGGAUGCGGCAGCAUGACGUCCAUGUCCCCGUUGACCCCGUCGCGCUCCACACAGGAGGGCUCGCCAUACAAUGAGGAAGCCCGCUGCACCCCACGCGCGUUUCAGCGCAGUUGGGCAUCGACACCGCGACGACCGCCAUCUCCUGGGGUGCACGCACCGUACCUGUGA